AUGGCUGGGGUCGAGACGGACGGCGACAGCUCGCUCGACGUGCAAACACCCCUUCUCGAAAACAUGGUUGUUGGAGUACCGCCCGUGUUUGAGGGGCUGACGAAGCAGCUGGACAAGAUUGUCGAGCAGCCUCUCCUCGGUCCAAAGACAAAGUUCCCUGCAGCGGCCCUUGGUUUUGCACGUAAAGAUGCAUCCGGGCGGCGAAAACCACAGGCCAUUGCGCACCGGGGGUACAAGGCCAAGUUCCCUGAGAACACCAUGGGUGCCUUUAAAGGUGCUGUUGAGGUUGGCGCCGAGGGCCUAGAAACGGACAUUCAUCUCACAAAGGAUGGUGUGGUUGUAUUAUCUCACGACAAAGAUCUCAAGAGAUGCUUUGGCAGAGAUGAAAAGGUCCUCGACUGUGACUAUGAGUUUAUCAGUAAGCUGAGGACGUUGAAAGAACCGCACGAGCCAAUGCCUCGUCUUGCGGAUCUGCUCGAAUAUCUCGCACAGCCCGGGCUCGAAGACAUGUGGGUGUUGCUCGAUAUCAAGCUCGACAAUGACACCGACGACGUAAUGCGCUUGAUUGGUGACACAAUACGAAGUGCGCCGCCCUCGCCUUCGCGGCCCUGGUCGAGCCGUAUCGUUCUCGGGUGCUGGGCGGCGAAGUACCUGCCGCUGUGUGCACGGUAUCUGCCAGGCUUCCCGGUCUCGCAUAUUGGCUUCUCGACGCUUAUUGCGUCAUACUUCUUCACGGUCCCGAACGUCUCUUUCAACAUGGCCCAGGCUAUCCUCAUGACGCCGUGGGGCCGGCUGUUCAUACGCAAAGCACAGAGCGACGGCCGGCCCGUAUAUGCAUGGACGGUCAACGAAGAGAGCAAAAUGCGGUGGGACAUACGGCAGGGGCUUGACGGCGUGGUGACGGACGACCCCAAGCUGUUUCUGGAGGUCCGGAACUCGUGGCACGAGGGCACCAAGGAUGGGGUGACGGUGCUGGCAUGGCUAGACGUGUUGCGGAUCAACUUGUUCUGUCUGAUCUAUACCGCCUUGUUCCAGUUUAUGGAAAUCAUAACAUUACAGGCCGGCCAGUGCGGCAACAGCGUCGGGCAGCAGUUCUGGCAGCAGCUCUGCCAAGAACACGGCAUCAACAAGGACGGCAACCUCGAGGACUUUGCGACCGAGGGCGGCGACCGCAAGGACGUCUUCUUCUACCAGUCCGACGAUACGCGAUAUAUCCCGCGCGCCAUUCUGCUGGACCUGGAGCCCCGCGUGCUCAACUCGAUCCAGGCGAGUGCGUACAAGAACAUUUACAACCCAGAGAACUUCUACAUCCACAAGGAUGGCACCGGUGCGGGCAACAACUGGGGCAUGGGCUACAGCAUGGGCGAGCAGGUGCACGAGGACAUUCUCGAUAUGAUUGACCGCGAGGCCGACGGCUCAGACUCGCUCGAGGGCUUCAUGAUGCUGCACUCGAUUGCCGGCGGCACGGGCUCUGGGCUCGGCUCAUACAUGCUCGAGCGCCUGAACGACCGGUUCCCCAAGAAGCUCAUCCAGACGUACAGUGUCUUUCCCAACACCCAGGACGGCGAUAUUGUGGUGCAGCCCUACAACAGCUUGCUGAGCUUGAGGCGCUUGACCCAAAACGCAGACUCGGUUGUCGUCCUUGACAAUGGAGCCCUCACCAGGAUUGCCGCCGACCGGCUGCAUGUCAUGAAUCCCUCGUUCGAACAGACCAACCAGCUGGUCUCUACAGUCAUGUCCGCCAGCACCACCACUCUGCGCUAUCCUGGCUACAUGCACAACGACCUCGUCGGCAUUGUCGCCUCGCUGAUUCCCACUCCACGCUGUCACUUCUUGAUGACCUCGUACACACCCUUUUCCGGCGAGAAUGUAGAGCAGGCGAAGACUGUUCGUAAGACGACUGUCUUGGACGUCAUGAGACGCCUGCUGCAGCCCAAGAACCGCAUGGUCUCGACAAACCCCACCAAGAAGAGCUGCUACAUGUCGAUCUUGAAUAUCAUCCAAGGAGAAGCCGACCCCUCAGAUGUACACAAAUCGCUCAUGCGCAUUCGCGAACGCCGCCUCGCGACAUUUAUCCCAUGGGGCCCAGCCUCAAUCCAAGUGGCGCUCACGAAGAAAUCUCCCUACGUGACAUCUUCACACCGUGUUUCGGGCCUCAUGCUCGCCAACCACACGGGCAUCGCAACCCUCUUCAAGCGCAUAGUGGCGCAGUACUCGACCCUCCGCAAACGCAACGCCUUCCUCGAAAGCUACAAGCGCGAAGUGCCGUUCAAGGACGGCCUCGGCGAGUUUGACGAGGCAAAGGAGGUGGUGCAGGGCCUGAUUGCUGAGUACGAAGAGGCCGAAGACGCGGAUUAUCUCAGUAAGGAAUCGGCGCCUAUGGAGGAAGCAGAGGACAAGAGGGCUGGUUGAGAAGAAUGAAUGGUGUGUCUGAGAUAUAUAUACAUAUAUAGGAAGAAGAAGAGAGAAAGAGAAGAAGAAAGCUUGUUGGAAUGGGAGGGGGGGCGUCGUUGGCGUCUUUUGGAUGGCAUAGUGUGGAG